AUGCCAUGCCACACCACCUCCAACGAUGCCCUCAACUACAGCCAACGCCAACGGCAAAGCAGGAUCGCCCACAAACUGAGGCCACCACCUGAGGCGAAGCAGCAUCAGCCAAAUUCGACCACGACCAUCCACGCGAAGGAUGAACAACACCCACGAACGGAAGCGGACUGCGACGAGCCAAGGUGAGGCACCCCACUCAUCGUUCUAACACAGAUCCCAGGUGUCAUGUCGCUGUCAGCGACGUGGUAGCCGAACGACGAAUGUCGUUCACUGUUGUGUAUUUAAAACACGAUGACGUCAGCGUCGGUGCACAUAGUACGAUGGCUGACGUGACUUGGACGUGACGAGAUAAUCUGCUUGGACGUCGACAACAUCAGACAUCUCGGGAAAAGUUGGUUGUUGGGAACACGGGUGGGUGGAUGGUCGAAGGUUGCUGAAUUGCUUUCUACAUCAGUACUCAGUAUUUACAUGGUGUUUCUGUACGUUGUAUAGUAAUACAAAAAAAUAAUUUUUCCUGUGGC